CCUGCCUCCAGCAGUUAGCUCCCAGUCCGGACAGUCUCCGGCUCACUCACUCACUCGCUCACUCGCAGUCGCGGAUGGAGAGACGCGCCGGCUUCAACAUGACCUGGUGCCGCUUCUUGCUGGUCGUCUGCUCGGCCGUGUCGUGGGCGAGGGCAGCGGAGCCCGGCCUGGCCGAAGACACCCUGCCCGAGUAUCACCGGUACACCGAGCUGCGCAGAGCCCUGGUGGGAGUGUGGCUCCAGUGCCCCAGCAUCAGCCGCAUCUACACGGUGGGCAAGAGCAGCGAGGGUCGGGAGCUGCUGGUCAUCGAGUUGACCGACAAGCCUGGGGAACAUGAAGCCGGAGAGCCAGAAUUUAAAUACGUUGGCAACAUGCAUGGGAACGAGGCAGUGGGAAGAGAGCUGCUUGUCUUCCUGGCACAGUAUCUAUGCAAUGAGUACCAGAAUGGAAAUGAGACGAUUGUCAACUUGAUUCAUAGCACGCGGAUUCACAUUAUGCCCUCCAUGAAUCCUGAUGGCUUUGAGAAGGCUUAUUCACAGCCAGCAGCGUUCGGACAUCUCCGGGAAGAUCUGUUAAACUUAAGAAACAUCUCCAGGGAUUGUGUCCUGGGCUCUCCCGCCCAGCGCCUGAUGUCUCGCACGACAAGGCCCCAGCUCCCCGUUGCCCAGCAACAGCUGAAGCCACUGGUGCUCAGACCAGCUGCGGUCCAGAAGCGCGUUCAGGAGACACAUGAUGUCCAGAAGCGCUCCUAUGACAAGUCAAGCAAACCACUUAAACCGUUACUCAUGCUUCCAACAGAAGUGCACAAGAAGGCCACGCUAGCUAAAGGUGCAAGCAAUAUUGGUGCAUUCUUCAUGAAAUCUACUGAGGAAAAUGACAAAAUUGCAGCAAGUGAAGCCUCCUGUCGAACGUCUCCUGCAAAGCUGGCCAGCUCUUACAUCAUACUUCACGUCCCUUGA